AUGGCGACUCCCAAUCCUUUAGCAGACUCGUCUUCGGAUCCCACACCCGUCUCGUCCAAGACAUACACAAUUGCCGGCUUGGUCACGACUGUCUACGGACUCGACGAGCUUGCUUCAUCAGCGAAAGAAGUUGCCGUAUUAUGGCUUCUUCACCCUCGACUCCAAGUACAGUCCAUCAUGGCGCCAAUCGCUGCAGCCUCGAUUCAUGAUUGGAACGGUCGAUCUGCCUCCAAGUCCAAAGGUCUGAUUGCUGUAUCUUUUGACCAGCGUAACCACGGCACAAGAGAAGUCAACGCCUUGGCGAAUGAGAGCUGGAAGAAGGGAAACCCAACUCAUGCCCAGGACAUGUUCUCCGUCUUCCACGGCACAGCUCAAGACACCUCAAUCUUGAUCGACUUCCUCUCCUCGUACAUCUUCCCCGACUCUUCAAGGACCAUCACUAAGCAUCUUGCCCUUGGUAUCUCGCUUGGCGGUCACUCGACAUGGCAAUGCGCCCUCCAUGAACCUCGCAUCACCGCUGCUGUUGUCGUCAUUGGUUGCCCAGACUACAAGUUCCUCAUGACGGACCGUGCAAAGAAGUCGAAACUCUCGACAUGGACAGCUUCAGAAGGCAAGGACUUCCUUGGCUCAACAGACUAUCCCAAAGGUCUUUGCGAUGCCACCGACAAGUGGGAUCCAAUGUCUUUCCUGGUGGGCGACAAGCUUAAACCGACGGAUGAGCAGAAGAAGACACUGCGACCUUUGAUCAAAGAAAAGCUGGGAGGAAAGCACAUAUUGUGUCUUUCAGGAGGAAAAGACAAGCUCGUGCCAUAUGCUUGCAGUGCGCCUUUCCUCGAUUGGCUGAAGACCGGACUUGACAAGCAGGAAGGUUGGUUCAACGAUCAGGGCAUUGUACUCGAAGACAUAGUCGAUGGAGACGCUGGUCACGAGUACAGUGCAAAGAUGAAGGUCGAAGCAGUGCGCUUUAUUUCUGAAAACCUCGCUGGCGAGGGUAGCUUGAAAGCAGGCACCAGAACGUCAAAGAUAUGA